CGCAUAAGAGAGAAACUUCUCUGCCACUGUCCCAGAUUUUUACAAUCUCUUUCUCUAGUUCCUCCUCACUUUCCUCUCACCUCCAUGCUAAGUCCUGCCUUGUCCAUUCUCUAGGUAACAACUCUCCAGAAGAUGGAAAGCAUCAACAGCACAUUGUUGACUGAGUUCAUCUUGACAGGAAUUCCCUACCCACUCAGGCUAAGGACAUUUCUUUUUGUGUUCUUUUUGCUGACCUACAUUCUGACUCAGCUGGGGAACCUGCUUAUUCUAAUCACUGUCUGGGUAGAUGUGCAACUCCAUUCCCAUCCCAUGUACAUCUUUCUUGGUGUUCUUUCCAUCAUCGACAUGGCCAUCUCCACCACCAUUGUCCCUCGCCUCAUGAUGAAUUUCACUUUAGGCAUUAAGCCCAUCUCAUUUGGUGGCUGUGUCACUCAGCUCUAUUUUUAUCACUUCCUGGGCAGCACCCAGUGCUUCCUCUAUACCCUUAUGGCCUAUGACAGGUACCUGGCAAUAUGUCGGCCCCUGCACUACCCUGUACUCAUGAAUGCUAAACUGACUACCUUACUUGUGGCUGGAGCUUGGGUGGCAGGAUCCAUCCAUGGGCUUCUCCAGGCCAUCCUAACCUUCCGUCUGCCUUACUGUGGGCCCAACCAGGUGGAGUAUUUUUUUUGUGACAUCCCUGCAGUUUUAAAGUUGGCCUGUGCUGAUACAACAGUCAAUGAGCUGGUGACCUUUGUGGACAUUGGGGUGGUGGUUGCCAGUUGCUUCACCCUGAUUCUCCUCUCCUACAUACAGAUCAUUCAGGCUAUCCUGAGGAUACGUACAGCUGAUGGUCAGCGCCGGGCUUUUUCAACCUGUGGAGCCCAUGUAACUGUGGUAACUGUGUACUAUGUGCCUUGUGCCUUCAUCUACCUGAGACCUGAAACAAACAGCCCCCUGGAUGGGGCAGGGGCUCUGUUCCCCACAACCAUCACUCCUUUUCUCAACCCCCUCAUCUACACUCUGCGGAACCAAGAGGUGAAGCUGGCCCUGAAGAGAAUGAUAGGUGGCCUAAGGACUAAGAGUCAGGUUUGAAAGUGUCUGUCACCACCUGGGGAAACCUUCAUCUUUACAAUUUUGUCUAAUGUUUAGAUAUAAAUGAGGGCUUUUUCUUCUUGCUUUUCCUCUUUUAGUAGCCAUGUAAUAUCAAUACAUCAAAAUCAAACACAGUUUAAGGUAAAAUACUACUUUCUAGCAGUUUUUUAGUAUCCCUUCCACUUAAACAACUCAGUUGCUCCAAGAAUAGAGAAUGAGACUAAAGCCACUCAGAAAACAGCAGUAUCUGGCAUACAUGACAUCUAGAAGAUUGGCAUACCAAAAAUAUCCAAUAGGCUUUUUAGUCUCUAGGUUGACAUUGGUCAAGAUAUCAUAGGAUAGACUAUGUUUCUUUUGAUGAGAGAAUUUUCUUCAGUUCUGUUUCAACUGGAUAUAUACAUUAGAGCUAGCUCUAGAAGAGAAACCAUACAUACUUUGCUGUGUGCACUUUAACAGGCCUGGACUAGAGAGCUUCCUGUGGCCACUAUGUGCUAUGAAAAGGUACUAAAGUACUUACUCUACCAUGCCUGCUGAAGAAAUAAAGCUUCUCUUUUUUGAUUAUUAUAUUUUAUUGAUUAUGCUUUUACAGUUGUCCUGAUUUCCCCGCUUUGUCCCCCUUCGCCCAGCACCCCCUGCUCCCUCAGGCAAUCCUUUCACCAUUGUUCAUUUCCACGGGUCAUGCAUUUAAGUGCUUUGGCUACUCCAUUUCCUAUACUGUACUUUAUAUCUCUAUGGCUAUUCUGUAACUACCUAGUUGUAUUUCUUAGUCCCCUCACCUCUUUAC